AUCCGUCUUAGCCAAGGAAAGAAUCAAGAAGUGCAAAUAUUAUUUAAUGGAGAAAAGUAAAUUCAUUGAUAUGGUUGUUACUCGUGCUAAUUAUGCUACUAAGAAAACAAUAUGGCUUGAUGCAAGACUCAUAUCUUUUAUUGAGAAAGACAAUUCUUUUCUCACUCCAUGGAGUUGGAAUCCCAAGAUUUCUAAGAAUUAUACUAGGUCUACCAGAAGAGAGAAGCAAUAUAUGUAUUUUCGUCCAGAGUCAUAUUUUACUUAUGAGAUGAUUCACCGAAAAUGUAGGGACAACGAUAAAGAAAAUUACAAACACUGCCGGUCGAAACCAAGAUCAUACUCACAAGCUUUGAGGCAACGAGUUCCACUCCGAGUUUUAAAUCAAGAAUCACCCAACAUUCCUAUAAAUAGAAACAAAAAAAGCUAUAAGGUCAAAGAUGCAAAGUGAUGUCAUUGUCAAAUAUAUGAAGUCCAUUAACGAAUGAUAAGAGUUUUCCAUCUUAGAGGAAGAUUUUUGUUCAAUUUGGUUUCUUAAUUUCAUUUCAUUUAUAAAAAUCGAUUCAAUAACCUUUUUUACUA